AUGCCUGUCUACUCUCUCAUAAUCAUCAAUAAAGCCGGUGGCCUCAUCUACCAACGGGAAUUUCACCCGGGCCUGCACAAGCUCUCGACAAAUGACUACCUUGUCCUUGCGGGGACAUUUCAUGGCGUCCACGCAAUCACGCGCUCCAUAACACCCAAAAUCCCCAACCCAUCCGCGACACCCACCCCAACAUCCAACAGCCAGCAAACCUCCACGCCAUCGAAUCCAUCAACACCAACGCCGGGCGCAGGGACAACCCCAAACUCCUCAUCCGGCCUCCCACCACCACACGCAUCCUCCGCCUCAAUCUCCAACUCGACAUACCCCAACCCGUCCAUCCCGAUAAGCGGGCUGGACAUGCUGGAAACGGACAAGUUCCGGCUGACGUGCUUCCAAACGCUGACGGGGACGAAGUUCUUGCUGUUUACGGACCCGCUGAUGGAGAAUGUGGAUGUUGUAAUGAAGGGUGUUUAUGAGAUUUAUGCGGACUAUGUAAUGAAGAAUCCGUUUUAUCAGAUUGAAAUGCCGGUUCGGUGUGAGAGGUUCGAUAGGGGAGUUGGGGGUUAUCUGAGGGCUAGGGGGUGA